AAUCAGGCAUCCCGGACUAAAUGCUUUUAGUAUUAAAGAAGUCUUCUUUUUUUUUUCUUCAUUGACCGGACUCCAAAUAACUACACUACUCCGUACUACAGACGUGACAGACUGACAGUCGACUCGGUUUCAGCCUCCAUCCAACCAUCCCAUUUUCUCUGCAUUGUCCCGCCGGCCCUGUCGCUCUUUAGACUCUUAGUCUCCCUCACGGUCGCCGCUAAGACUUUCAGUUCCAGCGCGGAUGAGCGAAUCGUAUUGUUGCCCUCACUCUUUCUCUCUCAUUCGUCCGUCGUGAAGAUCCUGCCUUUUCCAUCCAAGUCCGCCCUCUCGGUCUCUAUCAGUCGCCCUGCCCUCGUCUCCCUCUCCCCACCCUUCCGUUGCUCCCAUUGUCAUUCAGACAACUGCAAUCUCGCCCUCCCAGCCCUGAAUGUUCCUUUGGACUUCAACCCUUCAUCAUGUUGACGGUUGAGAAGCAGUGGAUCAAUGUACAACAGAAAACUUUCACAAAAUGGCUUAAUGACAAGAUAAAGGUGCGACGCAUCUUCAUUGACGACUUGGUGCAGGACCUGUCGACCGGUGUUAUUCUCAUCCAUCUCCUCGAAAUCCUCGGCGCAGAAUCCCUUGGUCGCUAUGCCUCGAAUCCGAAGCUGCGAGUACAAAAGUUCGAAAAUGUCAACAAAAGUCUGGACUUCAUCAAAGGCAGGGGCAUCCAGAUGACCAACAUCGGUGCGGAGGAUAUUGUGGACGGUAACAGAAAGAUCAUUCUGGGUCUAAUAUGGACCCUCAUUCUGCGAUUCACCAUCAGCGACAUCAACGAAGAGGGUAUGACCGCGAAAGAGGGUCUCCUGCUAUGGUGUCAAAGAAAAACUGCCUGCUACGAAGGAGUAGAGGUGCGCGACUUCUCCACCAGCUGGAACGACGGCCUGGCGUUCUGCGCUCUGUUGGAUAUCCACCGUCCCGACUUGAUCGACUUCGAUGCCCUGGACAAGAAAGAUCACCGCGGAAACAUGAAAUUGGCUUUCGACAUCGCCGCGAACGAAAUCGGUAUCCCGGAUUUGUUGGACGUUGACGAUGUCUGCGACGUUGCGAAGCCCGACGAGCGGUCCCUGAUGACGUACAUCGCCUACUGGUUCCAUGCCUUCUCGCAACUGGAACGAGUCGAGAAUGCCGGUCGACGAGUGGAGAAGUUCAUCAACAACAUGCACGGUGCCUGGGAGAUGCAGAACUCUUACGAGCAGAGGAUGAGGCAGUUGCUGCGUAUGAUCCGGCAACAACGUGAACACUGGAAGAACUCCACCUUUGAAGGGACCUACAAGGACGCCAAAGACCAAGCUUUCCAAUUCUCCCUGUAUAAGCGAAACCAGAAGCGCCAAUGGGUCGCCGAAAAGUCGGACCUCGCAGCCCUGCUGGGUAACAUCAAGACUAAGCUUAGCACAUACCGACUUCGUCCAUAUGACCCGCCCGAGGAUCUCCGCCUCGAGGUUUGCGACCAAGAAUGGGAAUGCUUGACGCGCGAUGAACACGAACGUAGCCAGCUUAUUAACGAGACGAUUCGUGACAUCAAGAAUGCCCUUCGCCGGUCCUUCGCAGACAAAGCAAAUGACUUCGCACUAACCCUGAAAACGUUAUCCCUUGCGAUCUCCGGACUGGACGGUGAUGUAGAGGACCAACUGGCACACGUGAAGAGGCUCAAUGAUAACCUGCCUCCCCUCGAUGCCUUCUUAGAUACCAUUGCGGCCUUGGAUGAGCAGUGCGCCGAAGCGAACAUUGAAGAAAACGACUACACCACGUAUACACUAGACGAACUUUCCUACGAGUUGAGCCUGGUGAAAUCCAGUAUCUCCAAGAAACUCGCCUUUCUCGAUAACCAACUCGUCGCCCGAAACAUGACGAACCUGACUCCGAUUCAAUUGGAAGAAUUUGAGUCUGUGUUCCGACACUUCGAUCGCGACUCCUCCAACACCCUCCACGAACUUGAAUUCUCGGCGGCACUCGCCAGUCUCGGUCUUGUAUAUGACGAAGAAGAGAUGCACCAAGUCUACGUCGAGACUUGCGGUCCAGCUAGACUCGGACAGAACGCCGGUGUCAGCUUUGAACAGUUUAUCCGUUUUAUGGUCAGCGUAACGGAAGACCAGAACACGGCCGAACAAGUAUUCCAGAGUUUCCGUGAAGUUGCCGAUGGCAAGCCCUAUGUCACGGAACUUGAUCUUCGGCACUCUCUGAUUCCGGAUGAGCUCAUUGAGCAUCUUGUCCAAACCAUGCCCCAACACCAAGGGCCCGACCUGCUCGAAGACCGUGAGCUCGCCAAAUAUGACUACAUUAGCUUCAUGGAGAAGAUGAUGGAGAACAACAACGGCGGCCAUGAUGCAGCCACCAAUGGAGGAGCCUAGGCCAACCCCCCUUUUCGAAAAUUUAUUGCCUUUUCUUUCACCCCAGUUUUCUUCUUUAAUUACACCCCCUUUGUUCUUUUCCUUUUUCUUAGUCUCUCAUACUCGGAUACAGCAACUGGUGUUUUUCUGGAGCCAAAAUGGAGGGUUGGGUGUCUUGAUGGGCGAUUAUCUCCUGCAUGCAUACCAGGCUGGCCGCACUGCACACUUGGUUUUGCCCUUUUUUCUGCGUUAUGAAUGUUUCUUCCCCGAUACCAAAAUUAUUUGCAAUCACUAGCAUGGAUCAGAGGGUUAGGAGUAGUCAAAAUCUGAAUAGAAUUAUGGAAUAUUGAUCAUCACCGUGGCACUUUCGUAGUGACCUAAUAAUAGAAGGCCUAAAGUGGCUGCAGGAGAGACCGGGUCCCACGUGACCUCGCCGCUCCGUGUCUCGGCCUUUCCAUCCUUGCUCUGUCUUUCGGC